AUGUCGGGAUUGCUAGCGAACAAGGUGGUAUGUAUCACUGGCUCAUCUCGGGGGAUUGGACGCGCCUGCGCGGUCGAAAGUGCGAAACACGGGGCGACAGGGUUGGUCUUGCACUACCUAGGAGACAGUGAGACAGAGACAGAGAUCCAGACAUUGAAGGUGGAGGUCGAGGAGCGCUAUCCGACUACCAAGGUUGCCGCCGUAGCUGGGGACAUCGCCGAUCCCGCCACCUCGUCCAAAAUCGUCCAAGUCGGCGUCGCCGCAUUCGGACGGAUAGAUGUCCUCGUCAGCAAUGCUGGAAUCUGCCCGUUCGCAGAAUUUCUGACAAUGCCCCAUGCGACCUGGGAACGCACUCGUUCAGUGAAUCUGGACGGAUCCUUCUUUGUCGUGCAGGUUACACCUAGCCGUGGCGAACCAGAUGCAAUCACAGAGUCCCCAGGGCGGUUCAAUCAUUGGCGUUUCCUCUAUCUCUGCCUUAGUCGGAGCCACUACACUCCCACCAAAGCGGGCAUUCUAUCCCUCAUGCAGAGCUGUGCCAUCGCCCUUGGGAAGUACAACAUUCGCGCCAAUGCGGUCCUUCCCGGCACAAUUGCCACGGACAUAAACAAGGAAGAUCUGUCGGACGCCGUCAAGCGAGAAAACAUGAUCAAACGAACAGUUCUGGGCCGUCUCGGUGCGCCAGACGACAUCGCUGGCCCGGUCGUAUUUCUUGCUAGCGACCUCGCCAAAUACGUGACUGGGGCAUCUCUCUUGGUUGACGGGGGAUUGUUCGUGAACCUCCAGUGA